AUGGAACCUGUACCACCAAUACGUUCCUUUUCAAGUCAAUCACAUUCAAACUCAAGUAUAUCUUUGAGUAGUAAAAAUGUUACCAGAGUUAGUUCCACGCCAAUUGGAAUUUCUUCAACUUUUAAUCAAGGAUCUAAUGCUAAGGACCAUUUGUUUUAUCAAUGUUCCAUCUUAUUGAUGAAAUUAAGUAAAAUUGAUGGUAUGGAACCAUUUUUAAGAGUGGCUCAUAAUUUAGCCGAAAGGUGUAGUGAACAACAAGCUUUAAGUUUAAGUCAACAGGAUAAUUUAUCAACAAUUAAUGAUCAAAGAUCUUCACUUAAUUCCAAUGGAUUUCAAAUGAUCCCAGAUAAUUCAUCAGUCAACUCAUUCAAUCCUUCAAAUUCAACUAGUAUAAUGACUAAUGGUCCAAAUAGUGCAUCUUCAUCAACUUCAAAUGCUAAUUUAAAUAUCUAUACUUUCACUUCAGGAAUUUUACCUACAAAAUUAGGAGUUGACCCUGUCACCAAGUUAUGGAAAUUGUUCCAACAAGGAGCCCCUUUAUGUAUAUUAUUCAAUUUGAUCAAUAAAGAACAUGAGAUUACUUUUAUUGGCAGUGAUGAUGUUAAAAUGUGUAAAAGAUUAGUUUAUGAUUUUUUAAUUGCGGUGAAGACUCAUCUUAAUUUGGAUGAUGACAUAAUGUUUACCAUAUCCAAUGUAUUUUCUGAUACUACCAAUGAUUUAUUGAAGAUUAUUAAAGUAGUCGACACUUUAUUACCGGAAAAUCUCAAAAAUUUCCAAGAUAAUUCAAUUGGUGAUAUUAUCAUCAAUAAUGAAUCAUCUAAGGUGUUUAAAGAAAUAAUAGAAACUGAAAGAAAGUAUGUUAAAGAUUUGGAAAUCUUAGCUAGUUAUAAACAAGAAUUAGCCAUAACGGAAUUAAUAUCGUCAGAACAAAUUCAUACUUUAUUCCCCAAUUUGAAUGAAAUCAUUGAUUUCCAAAGAAGAUUCUUAAAUGGUUUGGAAUGUAAUAUAAAUAUUCCUAAUGAUUUGACAAGGAUUGGUUCAGUAUUUAUUCACGCAGCCAAUGGACCUUUCAAAUCUUAUGAACCAUGGACUUUAGGUCAAUUAAAUGCUAUUGAUUUGAUUAAUAAAGAAUCUUCUAAUUUAGCCAGAUCUUCAAAAAUUUUAGAUCCUGGUUUAGAAUUACAAAGUUUCAUCUUAAAACCCAUCCAAAGAUUAUGCAAGUAUCCUCUUUUAUUGAAAGAAUUGAUCAAAUCUUGGCCUACAGAAGAUUCUUCAAGUUAUAAUGAGUUAAUAUUGGCCCAACAAGCAAUGAAAGAAGUUGCUAAUCAAGUUAAUGAGGCUCAAAGAAGAAGUGAAAACAUUGGAUUCAUUCAAAGUUUAGUUGAUAGAGUUCAAGAUUGGAAAGGUUAUAAUUUAAAAGAUCUUGGUGAUUUGAUGUAUCAUGAAAAUGUUUUAAUUACUGGUAAAAAUAGUGAAAAGGAAUAUUUAUUAUGUCUUUUUGAAAAAGUUUUAUUGGUAUUUGUUGAACAUCUCAAUAAAGAUGAAUCAAGUGGUAAGAAAAGAAGAGAUUUAUUAUCAUCAAGAAAGAAAUCCACCUCCUCAGUUACUUCAUCGACAGUAAAUUUAUUAGAAAAUUUAAAUCAAGCCAAAGAAAAAUCCACUUUGGUAUUAUCAGGAAGAGUUUAUAUCCAAGAAAUAACGAAUAUUUUGAAACCUGAUAAUCAAGAUCAUUCCAUUAUUAUACAAUGGGUGGGUAAAUCAGAAGAAGGAACUUUCCAUUUGAAAUAUAAAACCGAAGAAUCAAGAGAUAGAUGGGAGAAAGGUUUGAGAUACUUAAAAUCAGCUCAAAUGGCUAGAGAUAUUCAAAAUAAAUUCCGUUCAAGUAGUAGUCAUGAUGAUUUUUAUGAUAAAUCUUCUAUACGAUCAUCAAAUGGUUCAUCUUAUCAUAGACAUCAUUCUUCAUCAUCAACAUAUUCAAUGAUGGGUCAACAACGAAUCAAAUCAAUGGGUGAACCAAGUAGAGUUUCAUCAUCUUCAUUUACUAAUCCUAAUAGUGGUCAUGAGACUUCUUUCCUGUCAGUAAGUAGUCAAAGUCAAAAUAAUAGUCAAGGUUACUUAAAUCAUAAUCAAAUAUCGAUAAAAAUCAUUUAUGGAAGAAUUAUAAUAAAUUCUUUAUUAACAGUACCUGCUAAUGUUCAAUUUGGUGAAUUAUACCUGAAAAUUUCCAAUAAAAUAGCUUCCAGUGAAGAAGUUAAUGAUGAUAUUGUUGUAAAUAAAUUGAGAUAUAAAGAUGAAGAUGGAGAUUUCGUUGUUAUGGACUCUCAUGAUGAUUGGGUAUUGGCUUUAGAUACUUUCCAAGAAACUAAUGAUAAACAUUUAACUAUAUGGGUGUCGUGA